CUUGCGUUUUAACUAACCUCUAGCUUUCGCUUCCUCAAAGCGAGGUCGUCUUAAGUAAAUAGUUCUCCAAAAUCAUUGGUGUCUCCUUUAAGUGGUGGUCACGCCGAAGACGGACCGAAGUUAGAGGCCGGAGAGCUGACUGUAAGACAUUCUGUCGAUCAAGUGAUCCCACACAGCGCUUUCUAUCAUGUGUGAUCUCAGACAAGAUGGCAACUGGGAGCCAGAUCACUCAGUGGAUUUUUCAGAGAUGGAGUGUCGCCUGGAGUCAUUCCGAGACUCCAGCCUGGUCCAGCAGGUGCCAGCACAUAGACUGGCCCAGGCUGGCUUCUACUUCACUGGCCCUGCUGACCGUGUCCGCUGUUUCAGCUGUAAGGAGACUGUUGAAAACUGGAGAAGGGGAGACAAACCUAUAGAACGUCAUAAAGAAGUUUCCCCAAGGUGCCUGUUUCUCAGAUGCACCCACCGCCCCAGUUAUGACCCAAGCCCUGAACCCACACUGAGUAAUGGUUCCAUACACAGUGAAGAAGCAGAAGACCUAAGAUAUGCUUUGAGAACAGGAGCAGUGGUCGAUGAGUCUGUCUAUCCUAUGGUUCCUCACAUGAGGAAUGAGGAGGCCCGGCUUCAGACCUUCUCUAAUUGGCCAUCUACUUCACCUGUGAGACCCCAGAAUCUCGCCCAAGCUGGCUUCUACUACUUGGGGAAGAGCGACCAGGUGCAGUGUUUCUGCUGUGGUGGCAUGCUCAGUGGCUGGGAAGCAGGGGACACCGCUUGGGGAGAACAUACCCAUCAUUAUCCAUACUGCUUCUUCAUCCUCGGGCACGAUGUGGGCAACAUCCCGUUCCAGGGGGGUUCAGAGGAAGCAGAGUGCGGCAGUAGAAAACGCGGGAAUACUGGUGUCUCUAUGGGCAGUUUUGAGAAGAGGCUUGGCAGUUUUGCAGGUGUCCAUCACCCUAUUGACCACGAGAGACUUUCCAGAGCUGGUUUCUACAGCACAGGGAAAGGAGAUGAGGUGUUGUGUUUCCGCUGCAGUGGAGGUGUGAAAGGCUGGCAGCCUGAAGAAGACCCUUGGGAAGAACAUGCCAAACACUACCCUGGAUGCAGUUUCCUGUUAGCACAAAAAGGACAAGAGUUUGUCAGCAACAUCCAGCUGCAAAACCCACGACGAGAUGGAGCUGUAAGAAAUUCAAGUUAUCAGAAUGGAUUUUCAGGAGAUGUGAAUGAUGAGGAACCGAUUGAGAAACUGAUGAGGCUGCAGAGGGAAAGACAGUGUAAAAUAUGUAUGGACAGAGAUAUUUGUAUCGUCUUCAUCCCGUGUGGUCAUCUGGUCUCCUGCGAGGAGUGUUCAGAGUCGCUCAACAAGUGUCCAAUCUGCUGUGGUCCCAUAUCACAGAAGGUCAAGACCUAUAUCUCUUAAGGGAAUCAUGGACUCUCAUUACACUUCAAUGCUGCUUCCUCACUAUCUUAAUAAUAUUGUAUUUUAAAAUUAUAUGGUGAUAGUAAUAUAUGUAAGGACCACGUUGUCUGUGUAAGUGUGAGAAUGAGAGAAUAAGUAAUUCACAAGAAAACUUUAUAUUUUUACAAUCACUGAGAUAAUAAAUAGUUGUUAAUAGAGGUGCAAUUAUAAAUAGCUGAUAUUCAUUUUCAUUAAUGAGUACUGACACUAAAAGACAACAACAGCAACUGUCUUUCUUGCUGGACGUGCCUUUCUUUAGGUUUAUGUACUUGUAUCUUGUUUUUUUCUUGUUUUUUGGACAUUUAGCAUAGUGGGAUGUAAUUUCAGUUUCAAUCAUACACUUUUGUGCUCUGCUCCUUUAUUUUGUCUGGUGUACUCAAUGUUUUGUAUUCAUUUUUCUCACUGUUUGCUGCUCUGUAUGGACAUUUAUAAUAGUAGAUUAGUAAUUCCAUUAAGACUUUACUUUCUAACUGACAAAAUCCACUCUAGGCAAGGGCCUUCAGUUAAUCAUUGUGGUGUGAAAUUGUUUUACCCUUCUAUUAGGCAAACUUUUGUGUUAUCAAAAGUGAAUAAAUUUGAAUAAUUGGA